AUGGCUGAUCAGAACGCGGCCGCCACAGUUCUACGAGAGACUUCGUCAAGAUGCGUCACGGAGUGCGGCGCACACAACUUCGAGGUGACCAAUUACGCACUGCUCUCCGGCAUGGGGAUCGGGAAUUUCGUCAGCUCCAGCACGUUCUGCGUCGGCGGCUACGGCUGGAACAUCAGGUUCUACCCGGACGGAGCCAAGAAUGCCCCUGCCGGCUAUGCGUCGGCCUUCUUGGCUAAUCUCAGCGAGACGAAGGACAAAGUGACGACAAAGUACACCUUGACCAUGCUGGACAAAGACGGCCAAGUAGUAGCCAACAAGGAACUGCUGGGACAGCUCGAGCACGUCCUCAAGGACGGGAAAGGCGCCGACAUCAAGCUCCUGGUCGGCGGCAGGGAGUUCAACGCGCACAGGUUCAUGCUGGCCGUGUGGUCACCGGUUUUCCACGCGCAGCUCCUUGGUCCGAUGGCGGAGGAGGACACGACGCGUGUAAUAGAGGUUGUCAACAUGGAGCCCGCCGUCUUCGAGAUGCUGCUUCACUUCAUCUACACGGACUCGCUGCCGCCAUGCGACGGCGAAGAAGGCUAUGGUGCCCCCGAGAUGCAGCAUCUGCUGGUCGCGGCAGAUCGGUACGGGCUGGACAGGCUCAAGGCGAUGUGCGAAGAGAAGCUGUGCAAAAGCAUCGACAUGAAGACAGUCACGAGUACACUGGCUUUGGCGAAUCAACAUUUUUGCGAGCGGCUUAAGAAUGCAUGUGAGGAGUUCAUGUCGAAGCCAGGACGAGUGAGCACUGUCUUGUUGAGCGAAGGGUUUAGACGAGUCAUGGCAACUUGCUUCCCGCUAGUUUUAAAGGACAAGGAGGUACCCGCCACGAAAAAGGAAGUGUAG